AUGUUCAUGCGGUGCGGCGAGGAUGAGGAGCUGGACGAGGCUGGGCUGGUGGAGGGCGGACUCAUUCUCGCUGACGUCAGCGGCCACGACGCUCCAGUGUUUUUGAGCGACCGUGGCGAUCACCGCGACAGUGCGACGGGUGCUCCCUCCCCCGCCGAAGCAGAGGAAGCAACAGCAGCGGCUUCGGCGGCGGCGGCGGCAGGCGGGGCGGCACGUGAUUCUGCCAGGCCCAACUCUGAUGUAGGUACUAACGCUUCUCGCGAAUCUGGACCUUCUCGUGCUACGGCGGCUCCGGACGGCGGCGCUGCUGGAAACGCGCCUCGGCACGAUCGCGUAUCGGACAACACCACUCCUAUGGACAUUACUAGUAGCUACUAUAAGCAGGAAUCCGCUUCAACAGCGGAGAAUACCAACACCGGGGCGAACGCGGGAGAGACGGCGUGCGGUAAACUCCCGCCGCCUGUGCCGGCGUCUGCGCCUGCCCGCGCGCCUGCAUCCGCUGCAGCGGCAUCAGCGGAGGGUUCUCCCAGUUCCGUCCGCGGCCCCGCGCAGGACUCUUCCGGCAGAACGCUGGCAGGCGGCGGCGGCCGAGGGGGCGGCGGCGGAGGCGGAGGAGAGGGCGAGCGGGGUGAGGAGUCGUGGGGGUGCUCUGAGGGGCCAGACGAGGAGCUGUUGCGGCUGCUGGAUCAGCAGCACUGGAGCUUCCUGCAACAACCCGUCGAGGCGGAAGCGGAGGCGGAGGCGGAAUCGCUGCCUCCUGCGGAUGCGCGUGUUCCUCCCGGCGAGAGGAUUAUUGGCGAAGGUUUGGCUGCUGCAGCAUCGGGUGGUGGUUACCACCACGAUGCUGGUCGCGGUCGCGACGCGCCGCACGACGUGUCCAUGUCGCACGCGUCGCGCAUGUCGUACGCGUCGCAGGGGUCGCUCAUGUCGCAGGAAUCGCAUGGGGUUGCGCUCGGCGGCGGCGGGCUUUCUCCGCGGAAAUCCUCCGCGCGCUUGCCGCCGCCGUCUCCGCCGAAGCUGCACACCGCGGGAGCUGCAGCCGUGCAAGCGCCAUUCCCCCUGCGUAGCGCUGGCGCGGCUGCGCCCCGUCAGGCGCGCGGAGGGCCUGCGCGGAGUGCGCCCCAGCCGCAGGGUAGCGUGGAGAGCGCGGUGGUGGUGAGUGGCGGAGGGCCCAUGGGAUCAGGGGGAGUGGUCGCAGCGGCGGAUGGAGGAGAGCAGCAGGUGAAGGAGCAAUGGGAGCAGCAGCUGCAACAGCAGUUAGGACAGGCGCAGAGGCAGCAGGUGCAACAGCAGAUGGAAAGAAGGUCUGUGCCGGCGCCGUUGGUGGGAAUCGGAACAAGGGCACGGAUUCAAGGGGAGGGCAGUAGAUCGGAUGUUGCAGCAGCAGCAGCAGCAGCAGCAGCAGCAGCAGGUGCAGGGCUAUCGGGCAGUGGCGGCGGAACAGCAGCGGCAGCAGCAGCGGCGGCGGCGGCGGCGAGUGAGGCGGCGAGGGCGGUCCCUUCAGGUGCGGUGGCGGAGAUGUGUUCCGGGGGGAACGCUGCAGUGGCCAUGGCAUCCGCGGCGGAAGCCAUUGCUGCGCGCAUGGCAGGCGCUCCGCGCCUCACAAGCAGUGGUAGCGGCAGCGGCAGUAAAACGGCUGGAGCAGCAUUGGGUAUGGUAGAGGAAGGCUGGGCGGGUGGGGCAGGCGCAGGGACAGGGGCAGGGGCAGGGGGAGGGGGAGGGGCAGGCGGAGGGGCAGGUGGGGGUGGUAACCGCAGCCGCGCCAGAGCUGCCGCUACUGUUGGUGGUGGGCCGACAGCUGGCCGCCACACGCGACACGCCAGCUGGCAGCUGGGCGGGUCGGCCUCGCUUGUCUCCACUCUCGUGCUCACGCCUCAGGGCGUGGCUCUGGGCGGCAGUGGGGGCGGCGGUGGUGGCGGUGGGGGCGGGUGGGGGGGGGAAGGGAUCGGAGGGCUGGGAGCUGCUGGUGGCAGUGGUAACCAGGUGGGUGUUACUCGUGUGCCUAUUUCGCGAGUGGGUUCUGCUCGCACUGCAGAAUCAGGAGGAGGAGGAGGAGCAGCAGCAGUUAUACUGCCAGCUGGACCGGGCGGCACAGGAUGGAGGCAGCGGGACGGCCGGAUCCUAAGGAAGAGAUGUGCCACGUGGACAGGAGGCGAGACGUUGGAUGACGUUUGCGGUGGGGCGAUGGACGGUGGGGGUGUGCUGUAUGGGCUUUCUGGGAUGGCAAGUGCAGGCGGAGGGGGUAGCAGCAUGGAAGGUGCUGCUGCUUUCGCUGGUGCUGGUAGUGGGGCAGGGGUUGAUGGUAGGAAGGCAUGGGUUUCUGGUGGUGGAGGGAUGGUGGGUGGUGAUGAAAGGAGGGGGAGCUGGGAGGAGCUGCAACUGCUGUUGCAGGAGAGGGACCAAGGGGGGCUGUCCCACCAGCAGAUGAUUCUGCGGCAGCUGCUGCUGCAGCAGCAGCGGGACUUUCAACAGCAGCAGGCGAAACAGCAGCGGGGGUUGCAGGGGCGGCAGCAGGGGCAGCAGCAGGGGCAGGAGAUGCGGGUUGGUGAGAGAAAGCCGUCAGAGAGCUCGGCUAUGGACAUGGUUAUGGAUGGCUUGAUGCAGCAUCCUGCCACACUCUCCGCCACUGCCGCCUCGCACUCCUCGUCCUCCUCCUCCUCGCCUUCCCUAAAUAAUUCCAGUGAGCGGCAUCAAGCCCUGCAGCUGCUGCUCUCACAAAGACCGGAGCUGGGGCGGUUUUAUAACGCGGACGGGAGAGCAGGGGUGGGGGGGAAUGUGGGUGGGAUUGCACGAGAGGGAGUGGGGGGUGAUCAGGGGAGGCAUCAGGCAGCAGGGCAGGCGGGAGCGGGGGAGAGUGGCGACUGGUAUGAGAUGAAGGUGGCUGUACAACUGGCUGCGGCUGCAGCUACAGCUGCUGCAGCUGGGGAAGGAGGGGGUGUUAGGGGACCAGGGAGUGGCAGCCGCAGUGGCAGCCGGGAGGGCUUAGCUGGCGCUGAUCUGGCAUCGCUGCCUGCUGCUGAGCUGGCAGAAUUGAUGGCGGGACGGGGGGGUGGCAGGCAUGGGUUGAGUAGUGUUCCAGGCUCCUCGUUUGCACUGUUACAGCAGCACAAGCAACAGCAACAGCAACAGCAACAGCAACAGCAGCAGCAGCAGCAGCAGCAGCAGCAGCAGCAGCGGCAACAGGAACAGCAGCAGCUGCGUCAGGCACAACUUGGGAGUGUGAGUGCAAGAGAUAAGGUGGGGAUGGCAGCAGCCAUGGCAGGGGGGGGCAGUGCAGCACAGUCUUUGGCGCUUCAGCAGCAUCUGGAAGCAAAGAUCCGAGCGAGACUGGCAGCAGCGUCAGGUGCAAAGCUGACAGAUGUGGGUGCAGGGACGGCCAUGGCAGUGGAUAUGGGGCUGCAGAGAGGGUCCGAGCAGGCAGACAUGGGAACUGCUGGGCAGGCACAGCUUAGAAUGGCUCUCAUGCAGCAGCUUGUGCAGCAACAGCAGCAGCAGCAGCAGCAGCAGCAGCAGCAGCAGCAGCAGCAGCAGCAGCAGCAGAUGCAGAUGCAGCAACAGGAGCAAGAGCAGGUGGAGAGAGAGUCAACAAACGCUGACCUAAAGGCAAUGCUGUUGAUGCAUAUCGAGCAGCGGCAACAGCAGCAGCAGCAGCAGCAACAGCAGCGACAGCAGCGACAGCAACAGGCUGCUGCCUCUGCCACGGCAGCACAUGCCGGUGCAAGUGACGCUCCUCCAGCAGCUGCGUUUGCAGCAGCAGCAGCAAUCGCAGGAAGCACGAGUGCAGCUGCCACUGCUGCUGCUGCAGGGAUCAGUGGUUUCGGCGGGGCAGGAGCUGCAACAGCAAUGGCAGGAGGAGUGGGAGGGGGAGCAAGGGACUCACUUUCUCAGCUGCUAGAGGGGAAACAUUCUGUUGGUGGGACGCAUGCACAACUAUCUGCUGCUACUGUAGCUGCAGUUGCUUCUCAGCUUGCAUCUGAACAGCAAGGAGGGGGCAUGCAUGUGGAGCCUUGA